AGUGGAAGAAUGGCCCUGUCAAUGGGGACCAACUUAUCCUAGCAGCCACUUGUGUAGUGCCAUGAGGUCACUCGAGCGCAAUCUUUGAAAUGGAGUCCCUUGCAAGUGAUGCAGCUGGAAUGCUGAAAGCAAUCAUAACCCACAAUUGGUGAACGGAAGGUAACCAUGGGAGCAGCAAUGAUGAGAUGGGAAUCCAAUCCAUAUAGUGUAGGGAAGGUGAUUUGACAAUGGGUCUCUUCUCAGGCAGGGGCAGUCACAGGGUAGCCUUGACAGCUCCCGCAAGACCCAGCAUGGCAAGGAACAUAGACCUGCACAGGAGGGGGAAACUUUGCAAGGAAAAAAACCAUAAAGACCGAAGCAGAAGUAAAACCUUUAUUUCACUUGCCAGCAUCAACGAAGACCAAUGAUAUCUUGGCCUUUCUUUUACCACACCUGCUCUCUUCUCCAUUUUCACCACCCCUUGCAUCAUGUAGAACAUUUGGGGAAGUAGGUAUCUUGGUUUUCACCUGCCAUCUUCUUCUUUAUGCUGUUGGCCCAACGCUCUUUCUCUCUCUCUCUCUCUCUCUCUCUCUCUUCUCUCUCCUUUCUUCAGUUCCAAAAGCUAUUUCAAGUUUCAACCGCAGACUGAUUCGCCAGUCAGUGGCAGAAUCCUUCUGAGGUCUCAUGGGAGCAUAGUUCCUCACUUGUUACCUCUCCUCUCUCUCCUCCAUCUCACCAUUCAAGGCCCCAAAAUUCCACCUUUCCCUCUUCUCCCACCUCCCUUUCAUGGAUCCCAAGGGCUCCUCCAAGCUUCACCAGGAGGGCCUUCCGCAGUCGGACAAAAGAGAACCCAUCACCUCCUCAUCGGCCGCAGCAGCAGCAGCAGAAAGCAGAGACCUUUUGCUUUCCGCAGCGGCUAAGGAUGAGCAAAGGAGGCAGCUUGCACCCAAGAGGAGCUCCAACAAGGACAGGCACACCAAGGUCGACGGCAGGGGAAGGAGGAUAAGGAUGCCUGCCCUUUGUGCCGCCAGGAUCUUUCAGCUCACCCGAGAAUUGGGCCACAAGUCCGAUGGGGAGACCAUCCAGUGGCUCCUCCAUCAAGCGGAGCCCUCCAUCAUCGCCGCCACCGGCACGGGCACCAUCCCCGCGUCAGCUCUCGCUGCCGCCGCCGCCGCCGCAUCCAUGUCCCUCCCGGGCGCCACCGCGCCCGCCGGCCUCCACCAGAAGCUCGACGAGUUGGGACAGGAGGCGGGAGCCGCCGCCAGGCCUGGCUGGGCCGUGACGGGGGCCGCUAACCUCGGAUGCUCCCAUCCUGGCCUGUGGCCGCCCCUGGUGGGUGGGUUCAACUCCGGAUUCUUGCAUGCCACCGCCACCGUUCCCUCGAGCUCGAAUCUUUCGGCCGGAGGCGGAGACUCGGUGAGCAGCUUCAUGCAGAGGAUCGGCUUGCAUGGGUUCGAAUUGACCGGCGGGAAUCCGGGAGCGGUGAGCUUUGCGUCGAUGUUGAGCGGGCAUGGCCAGCAGCUGCCAGGGCUGGAGCUCGGCCUCUCGCAGGAGGGGCAUAUCGGGGCGUUGAAUCCUCAGGCCUUGGGCCAAUUCUAUCUGCAGAUGGGUCAGGGAAGGGGAGGAGUUGGUGCUGGUGGAAGUGGGCAGUUCCAUCUUCUUCAUCAUCAUCAGCAUCAUCAUCAUCAGCAGCAGCAGCAGCAGCAACCGGCUGGAUCUGCAGAGAACGAUUCAGAGGGAUCAGAACAGUAGAAGGCAGAGAUUUGAAGGUGAAUUCAGUGAUCCAUGAGAAAAAAUUAGCAGUGUUGUGCCAAAGAGAGCAGCAAGAAAGAGACAGCCACAGGAUUCAGCCACUGAUGGCAUCUACCUGCUCCUCUUUCUCUGCAACUAUCAGCAAUCACAGCAUUCAGGUGGAUAUCACUGGAUCUGAAUCAGUUGGAAGGAGCUCAGCAAAUUUUAAGUAAUUAGAGGUGUGUAAAUAGUUGUUUUGGGCCUAUUCAACAUUUUUUUUGCUGUCAGGCACUGAUGGAGUUGUGAUUGGCUUGAUUUGUGACAAAUAAAUAUGGGUCUCCCAUAUAGUUGUGCAUGCUAUUGGUUCCUUCA